AUGGGAUUCAGCCAAGCAGUGCUAAUUCACGAUUCUGAUGAUCACAAGAAUGAUUACAAUUUACAAACUCCUCAUGGAUGGCAAACAGUAAAAGUGUACUACCCGCCUAACUCCCCGGCAUUCGGAUACAAAUACGAGCCUUACACGUACCCUAAAUAUGAGUUUGAAUAUUCCGUGUCGGACAAGAAGACUGGUGAUCACAAACAUCAUCAUGAGACACGUGAUGGGGACCGAGUUCGUGGCGAGUACAGCCUUGUGGAGUCAGACGGCUCGCUGCGGAAGGUGCAGUACCAGGCCGAUGAUCACAACGGAUUCAAUGCUGUAGUGAGUAAAACUGUCAACAAGCAUGGUGAUCAUGCCGUUUCAAUUACUGAUCACACCAGGUUCUUUUACCCUAUUGGACACGGUAUUAAAAUCAAUCACUACUUCCCUGGCAAUGACUAUCAUUAUCAAAAAAGCGAACAAAACGAAAGUGAGGAGAGCAAAUUGGUUAAUGAAGAGAAAGACACUUCAGCUAUUAAAGCAAAUGAAGAACCAAAAAUGUUUGUAAUUGAUUCAGGAGAUAAAGUUGUUAUGGUUGAACCAGAACAAAAAACAGAAGUAGUUCCAUCACAGACACCUGAAGCAGUCGAAACAGUUCAAGUAGUUCCAGCCAUAGUUUCAGUAGUUCCAGAAAAAUCGGCCACUGAUCAAAUUAAUAAUGAGGUCACAUUACCAGUAAUUAAUGAAAAGAAAGAUGCUCAACCUUCAGAAGCAUUGCCUUCGAAGCCUGACGACCAAACAGCGGAGAAAGACGACCAACACUUGGAUUCUGAAGUAGCAUCCUCUUAUUACCAUUCCAAAAUAUAUUAUGUAAGUUACUAA